AGACGUGACGGCGCUGUAAUGGAGAGUGGGAGGAGGGGAUGAUCUUUUCGACAGCAGAGACUGACGGUAAGCAGCUCCUCGCUCACUCACAAAACCAUGCGGAGACUGUCGGACAUAAGUCUGCACCUGAAUCAGCUGAAGUAUUUGUCUCCUCCGUCCUCCGAAGACCAGCAGUGCUCCCGAUCCUUUAUGGACGUCAAGGCUGCAUCCAACGGGGUUUCCAGCAUCGAGGACAGGAUCUUACGGAUCACGGGAUAUUAUGGUUAUUACCCGGGAUAUUCGAGUCAUCAAAAUAUUUAUCUUUUGUAGGGGAUUGUUUCAUGAGUGCAGGUUGGUCUCUGGUACCUCAGCCAAUUGGUCGUUAUUCAUAUGCGCGCCUUGAUAAUGGAUGUUUGAUUAUGGAAGGAGAAGAAGCUUCAGAGAAUCGGAUUGAAAAUCUUAACCCUGAUAAUAGCGCUAAGACACGUUGUCAAUCAUGCACCUCGGUGUUCUUCAAGAUUUUCUGGGGGUUUCUGGUCAUUCUUUCUGUGUCAUCCUCCUGGGUUGGUACCACACAGAUUGUCAAAGUCACAUACAAGAACUUCCAUUGCCCUUUAUUUAUGACUUGGUUCUCUACAAAUUGGAACAUAAUGUUUUUUCCUGUGUACUACUCUGGACACCUUGCAACAGCACAAGAAAGACGGACAAUAAUUAAGAAAAUUAGAGAAUGCAGUAGGAUAUUUGGUGAAGAGGGACUAACUCUGAGACUCUUCCUGAAAAGAACAGCCCCAUUUUCUAUCCUCUGGACAUUAACUAAUUACCUAUAUUUACUUGCUCUGAAGAAAUUAACAGCCACAGAUGUUUCUGCUCUCUUUUGUUGCAACAAAGCAUUUGUCUUUCUGUUAUCUUGGAUUGUGCUCAAAGACAAGUUCAUGGGAGUUAGAAUAGUUGCUGCAAUCAUGGCAAUUACUGGGAUUGUAAUGAUGGCAUAUGCGGAUGGUUUCCACGGUGAUUCAAUCAUGGGAGUCGCACUGGCUGUUGGAUCUGCCUCCACAUCAGCAUUAUACAAGGUCCUAUUUAAAAUGUUUCUUGGAAGUGCAAAUUUUGGAGAAGCAGCCUAUUUCAUUUCUACUCUGGGUUUCUUCAAUUUAAUUUUUAUAUCAUCAGCACCCGUGAUAUUGUAUUUUACAAAAGUGGAGUACUGGUCCUCAUUUUCUGCUUUGCCAUGGGGUUACCUUUGUGGAAUUGCAGGGCUUUGGUUAGCUUUCAAUAUUCUUGUGAAUGUCGGUGUUGUCUUAACAUAUCCUAUACUUAUAUCCAUUGGAACUGUACUGAGUGUCCCUGGAAAUGCAGCUGUUGACCUCCUGAAACACGAGGUAAUAUUCAGCAUGGUGCGGUUGGCUGCAACAACCAUUAUAUGUGUUGGCUUCCUAUUGAUGCUACUUCCCGAAGAAUGGGAUGAGAUAACUUUAAAGUUUAUUAACAGAUUGAAAGAGAAAAAAAAUGAGGAACAAACAGAAGAUGUCACAGAGUCCAGUGUCCACACUCGGACCAGAAGCAGAGCAAAUGGUACAGUUUCAAUACCUUUGGCUUAAAAGCAGUCAUGUUUUUAAAUGCACGGGAAUGUAUAUUCUGUGAAUAUAAUUUAGUUUUGUGUAACACAGUAUGCUAUAAUGACAUUAAUUUUUGAAGCAGAUCUACUGUAUACAAUAUAAAUAUGAUACAGUUACACUAAAAAGAAUACAAUAUUGCAAUUUAAUCUUUAUAAAAUUAUAUGGAAAUGGGUGUUAAUGUCUAAUAA